GGUGGCUAUAAAAAGAAGGGGCAGCGGUGCCGCCGCCGGCUGAGCCGAGCCGUGGUUUUUGUUUGUUGCUCCGGUGGCGAUCGAGAUUCGUCAACAUGAGCGUGUGUCUGACCAUCCUGUCCCUGUGCUUGGGGCUGGCCUUUGCUGCACCGAGACUAGAUCCCGAUUUGGACAGCCACUGGCAGCUGUGGAAGUCCUGGCACAGUAAAGAUUAUCAUGAGAGAGAGGAAAGCUGGAGGAGAGUGGUAUGGGAGAAGAAUCUGAAAAUGAUUGAACUGCAUAACCUGGAUCACUCAUUGGGAAAACACAGUUAUAAGUUGGGGAUGAAUCAGUUUGGUGACAUGACGACGGAGGAGUUCAGACAGCUGAUGAAUGGCUAUAUACACAAGAAGUCAGAAAGGAAGUACAGAGGAUCCCAGUUUCUUGAGCCCAGUUUCCUUGAAGCACCACGAUCUGUAGACUGGAGAGAGAAGGGAUAUGUAACUCCAGUUAAAGAUCAGGGUCAGUGUGGCUCUUGCUGGGCUUUCAGCACAACAGGAGCUCUUGAAGGCCAACACUUCAGAAAAACUGGAAAACUUGUUUCUCUCAGUGAACAGAAUCUUGUGGAUUGCUCCCGACCAGAAGGAAAUCAAGGCUGCAAUGGUGGUCUCAUGGACCAGGCUUUCCAGUACGUACAAGAUAAUGGGGGAAUCGAUUCAGAGGAAUCCUACCCAUACACUGCAAAGGAUGAUGAAGACUGUCGCUACAAGGCAGAGUACAAUGCUGCUAAUGAUACUGGCUUUGUUGACAUCCCUCAAGGACAUGAAAGAGCUCUCAUGAAAGCAGUAGCAGCUGUGGGUCCAGUAUCUGUUGCUAUUGAUGCUGGACACUCUUCAUUCCAGUUUUAUCAGUCAGGUAUCUAUUAUGAACCAGACUGUAGCAGUGAAGACUUGGACCAUGGUGUUCUGGUUGUAGGUUAUGGUUUUGAAGGUGAAGAUGUAGAUGGAAAGAAAUACUGGAUUGUUAAGAACAGCUGGGGUGAGAAGUGGGGUGACAAAGGAUAUAUCUACAUGGCCAAAGACAGGAAGAACCACUGUGGAAUCGCAACAGCUGCUAGUUAUCCACUUGUAUAAUUUGAAGACUGGACAUUUCAGUGCAAAAGGGGAUAAUAAACUGAAUGACCAAACAGUCA